AUGGUAUCAGAAAAUCAGCAAGAUGAUAGAUUUUAUCGAAGAUUAAUUAAUCGUCCUCAGUUUAAUAUGUUUUUAUCUCAAUCGGAUGAUGAGACGGCUGUUGAUAAAUUUUUGAAAGAAUGGCAUCGUGGCGUCUUAAAGACUGAGAACUUGGAAUUUCAUCACGACGAUUAUUGGCAUAUGUUAUAUAUAUGUCGCACAUCCUCAUCUGCUUCAAUAUCUUGGAAAUUCAAUUAUCGUCCUGAAAAUCUUAAAAUAUAUUCUCUUUCACUAAAGUUACAACAUUCUAUUUGGGAUGAUGAUUCCAAAAUUGAAGUUUAUAUCACAUCACUAAGUACAAGGAAAAAUCCGAAUCCGGAAUGUCAUAAAGUUCAAUUUGACCCAACACCAACUUGGUUUCACAGAUACUAUCACGAAGAUGUAGAUUAUAUGAAAGAUAUUUCUGAAUUUAUUAAAGGGCAAUACGGAUUUAUCAUAAAUGUGAAAUUGUACGGAAGUAAAGGGAUUUCAGAAAAGGAAUUCAAUUUAAAAUUUAAUAGUGAAAAACAAAAUUGGGAUGUCGGCUGGAAUGCCAAGAACCGUAGUUGGUAUAGAGGUCAAACGACAGACAAACAAAAUCAAUAUACACAAUUAUUUAGACAAAAAUGUGUUUGUAUUGGACCAUUAAUUGAUGAUGAUGAAACAUUUAAGUUUGAUUUGAGAGUUGAAUUAGAACCUGAUAUAUCUUAUGAAUCUGUUCAAGUUUGGAAAGAUGAUAUCAGAAAAAUGGGAUUAAAACUUAAUGAUCAGGAUACUAGUGAUUUUAAAAUCAUUCUAGAUACAUUAGAUAGUAAUAAUGACAAAAUGGAAGAAAUAGAAGGAAUAGAAGGAAUAGAAGAAAAUGAUAUAAAUGAAAAAGUAAAUGAUAAAAACGACAUUUUUUAUGUACACUCGGAAGUUCUUUCUUCCCGAUCUGAUUAUUUUCGAGCAUUGUUGAACUCUAAAAUGACAGAAUCACAUAGUCGAUCCUUGAAACUUGAAGAUAUUAUAAAAGACCAUACAGAUCAUAUUGAUAAUGAAAUAAUAACUGAAAAUAAUAAUUUUACAUUUGAAGUAUGGAUAGAACUAUUAUAUGCUGCCUCAAGAUUUUCAAUAAUUCCAUUAAUUCACAGAUGCGAGUUUGAGAUUAGGAAAUUUGUAAAUAAGGAAAAUGUUGUAGAAGUAGAGGCUAUAGCAAUGGAAUGUGGUGCUGAACAAUUGAUGAAUAUUAAUGAAGAACAAUAUCUAGAAUAUGCUGAUCAAUUUAUUGACAUGCUUGAUGCACAGAAUAAUUAA